UCGGCGCGGAACGGGCGGCUGGUGGAAGCCGGUGCCGAAGGGAGAAUCGCAGCGCCGCUGCCGCUGCCGCCUCCGCCUGGGCCGGGGUCGCCCGGUAGCCCGCGAUGGGAGCCGGGCCCUGAGCGCCCACCGCCGCUUUUCCACAGCGUCUUUGCUCGGCUGUGAUGGAGGCACCGCCCGGCGGCCGCGUUCCCGCCGAGGGCGCCCAGCCGCCGGCCGUGGCCGAGGUGCGCUGCCCCGGCCCCGGACCGCUGCGCCUGCUCGAGUGGAGGGUGGCGGCUGGCGCGGCCGUACGCAUCGGCUCUGUGCUGGCCGUGUGCGAGGCCGCCGCCUCCGCGCAGCCCACCGGGCCCGCCCCUACCCGCCCCGGCUCCGGGGGCUGCGUGCGCACUGAGCGCAGGCUGAGGUCGGAGCGCGCGGGCGUGGUGCGGGAGCUGUGCGCGCAGCCCGGCCAGGUGGUGGCCCCCGGGGCGGUUCUGGUGCAAUUAGAAGGAUGUAGCCACCCCGUCGUCAUGAAGGGCCUGUGCGCCGAGUGUGGCCAAGACCUGACCCAGCUGCAGAGUAAGAAUGGGAGGCCGCAGGUGCCGCUGUCCACGGCCACCGUGUCGAUGGUGCACAGCGUCCCUGAGCUCAUGGUGAGCUCCGAGCAAGCCGAGAAGCUAGGAAGGGAAGACCAGCAGCGACUGCAUCGCAACAGAAAACUAGUGCUCAUGGUGGACUUGGACCAGACCUUGAUCCACACAACGGAGCAGCACUGCCAGCAGAUGUCCAACAAAGGCAUAUUCCACUUCCAGCUGGGCCGGGGCGAGCCGAUGCUGCACACCCGCCUGCGUCCGCACUGCAAGGGGUUCCUGGAGAAGAUCGCCAAGCUGUACGAGCUGCACGUCUUCACGUUCGGCAGCCGGCUGUACGCACACACGAUCGCAGGCUUCUUAGAUCCUGAGAAGAAGCUUUUUUCUCAUCGAAUAUUAUCGAGGGACGAAUGUAUUGACCCGUUUUCCAAAACGGGGAACCUCAGAAAUCUUUUUCCUUGUGGAGACUCCAUGGUUUGCAUUAUCGAUGACCGAGAAGACGUGUGGAAGUUUGCCCCCAACCUGAUAACUGUGAAGAAAUAUGUGUACUUCCAGGGCAUAGGUGACAUCAAUGCCCCAUCCGGGUCCCGGGAGCCCCAGGCGAGGAGGAGAGUCAGUCCUUCUCCUAAAGGUGCCGACGCCACGGAGCAGCCUCCAUCCGUCAAGGAUCCCGAGGAAGGAAGGCAGGUGUCUGGGGUCGAACAGAGCAACGGCCUCGGGAAGCCCACGCGGGAGCUCAACGGGGGCGCGGGCCCUCGGGGGGGCUGGCCCUGUCCUGGGCAGGAGGAGGAGAGGGGCGCCCGACCCGCCGCCCGCACCCCCUCGGCUGACGGCCGGGGGCCCCCGGCGGGCACCCAGCAGCACGGGCGGACACCGCUGGAGAAGAGGCCCGUGCGGGGUCCGGUUGGCCCUGACCCGGACCCAGAUGUCCCCAGUGACAGCGGGAGCAGCAGCGAGUCCGAGGGCCGGCCGUCCCCCGUCCCCUCUGAUGGGGAGAGCGGGGAGAAGAGGACCCGGAGAAAGCCUCCAGCCACCCGCCAUGCUGGGGACGUUGCGGCACAGGGCGGCCCCCCGGGCGCCAGCCCCUGCGUGGAACCCGGGCCCGGCGUCCAGGCAGCCGUGCAGGGGGAGGGCGAACGGGACGGCCUGUGCGGGCUGGGCGGCGGCUGUGCCGACAGGAGGGAGGCCGAGACGGAGUCCCAGAACAGCGAGCAGUCGGGCAUCACGGUGGGCGAGUCCCUGGACCAGAGCGCGGAGGAGGAGGAGGAGGAGGAGGACGCCGACGCCGACGACCACCUGGUCUACCUGGAGGAGAUCCUCGCCCGCGUGCACUCCGCCUACUAUGCCAGGUACGACCGCUUUCUCCGCGGGGAGACCCAGGAGGCCCCCGACAUCCGGAAGAUCGUCCCCGAGCUGCGCAGCCGGGUGCUGGCCGACGUGGCAAUCAUCUUCAGCGGGCUGCACCCCACGAACUUCCCCAUCGAGAAGACCCGGGAGCACUACCACGCCACGGCCCUGGGGGCCAGGAUCCUCACCCAGCUGGCGCUGGGCCCCGACAACCCCGACCGGGCCACCCACCUGAUCGCCGCGCGGGCCGGCACGGAGAAGGUGCGCCAGGCCCAGGAUUCCGGGCAUCUGCACGUGGUCAACCCCGACUGGCUGUGGAGCUGCCUGGAGCGCUGGGACAAGGUGGAGGAGCGGCUGUUCCCGCUGCGCGGUGACCAGGCCAAACCCCAGAGGGAGGACGGCCCGGCCUCCUUUCCCGACAGGCAGGGCCUGCUUCCGACCACCCUGUUUCAUCCAACACCCGUGCAUCCCAAGGCCCCGCCUGGCCCUGAAGUUCGGAUCUACGACGCCAGCACGGGCAAGCUCAUCCGCAAGGGUGCUGCGGGCCCCGGGCCCCCCGGCUCCCUGCCGGUGCACGCGGAGCUCUCCUCCUUCAGAGCGGUUCAGCCACAUCACCAGCAGAUGUUUGGUGAAGACUUGCCAGCUAAUCAAGAUGGAGAGCAGCCUGGUCCUUCUAGAAGGAAGCGCCAGCCCAGCAUGUCGGAGACCAUGCCACUGUACACGCUGUGUAAGGAGGACUUAGAGAGUAUGGACAAAGAGGUGGAUGACAUCCUAGGAGAGGGCAGCGAUGACAGUGACAGCGAGAAGAAGAAGCCGGGAGAUGCGGAGGAGCGGGAGUGGGGGCCGAGGCCCGGGCAGCCCGAGGCCCUGGGGGCCCCAGGGGGGGCCACGCCCCGCUCAGCGCCACCCCCCGAGAGGAAUGCGGCAGACGGCCGGGGGCCCAGGGGCCACAAGAGGAAGCUGAACGAAGAGGAUGCAGCCAGCGAGUCCAGCGGAGCGUCCAGCUGCGAGGACGAGGAGGGGGGCAGCUCGGAGGCGGACGAGAUGGCGGCCGCGCUGGAGGCCGAGCUCGGCGACCUCAUGUGACCGUGGGGCGGGCACUCGACUCACCUCCGUCCCGGGGGCUGCCCCUCCUCCAGAGGGACAUGUCUGUUUGCAGAGCUGCACCUGCAGAAACGCACUGUUUUGCAGAAAGAGGUGUUUUUAGAAGUUUCACUACAAGAAAGCCUACUUGUUAAGGACAGCGGGGCAGGGAACGCGGCCAUGCCAAAGAUCCUGGGUGAGCCCAGCAGAGCUGCACGGCAGGACUGGAGUUUGCGGCUUGUUAUCAGGAAGAGGGGGGGGUGUGGGGAGGUGUUUUUCCUUUGAAUACCGCAGCAUAUUACUUAGGGUGAAGGCUGGGCGUCCGACCAGACGGAGGGGUGAUGCAACAGGAACCCAGCAUCCUCUGCUCUUUCACAACUGAAGCUACCAGAACACGCACAGGUUUCAAGCGAGGCCGCGCAUCGGCGUGUGACGAGGACAGGCCUGGGGCCCCCAGCUGCCCCCGGGGCCCUGCAGCUCCCGCGGGCGCCGGGACAAAGGGCCCUGCCCUCGCGGGCAGCCUUUGGCUCCUUUGCGAGAUCGGAUGUAAAGUUUUGUAUAUCUAUUUCAUAAUUGACCCACCAAACAGAUUUUUCUUUCCUUUAAUAAAAGUCCCUUUUGUA